UUACUGAUAUCUCGAUUUUUGUUAAGAAAAGAUCGACACGUAUGACAUUUUGUGAUAUUUAUAGAGGAUACUCGCGGAAUGUAUUUGCAGUCGUAGUUGUAAUAUAUAUAAACUCAUCGUUUACAGAAAUCGAUUUAUCCGAGUUUGACAAUUGAUCAUAUAUCUAACAUGCGAUCUCAAGUAUGCAAACGGAUCAAGGAUCCAAACAAUGUCCCCAACUUUUCUACGCGAGAUUGACUCUUGAUACAAUUAAUAUUUAUUUAUGAUACUCGUAAAGAUUGUUUCUUUUAUUGUGUGUUUUUUAUCUCUCCUAUAGAAUCUGUUACUACGCAUACAUAUAUACGUGUAACGUGCAUCUGUAUCUGUUUAUACGCAUUUACCAAAGGCUUGUCUGGACACACCAAUCGGGUAUUCCCCGUGAUGGUACUUCCACUACACACUAUACAACGCACAAUAUCAUCUGUUUUCCCGGGGAACUCUACGUCAUUAUCCAAGCACAUUGGCAACCGCCAAUACGCUAUUUUUUUGCCUAAUCGUACUUUUAAGAAUACGUUAAUAAUAAUAUUCAGGAGUAUGUCGUGCGAUGCUCGAGGACGCUGUCAUUUCUGCUGCAAGAAACAUACCGUGUCCGUAUUCGGAAGCGACAAGGAGACAUAUACGCUUCUACAAAAAUUGAAUUUCAGACUUGUGGUUUUGAACACAAUUUGUUGUAUUAUACCUUGUAUUAUCAAACUCGAAGAUAAUUUCAAAAGAAAUUUUCCCGAUAUACGUUCACCUUUCGAAAAAACAACUGUCAAGGAAGCUUAUAUCGAGAGUUCAACGGGAUCUACCACCCAUCGGAAUAACGACGAUUUAGAGAUAAUGGAAAAGUCGCGAGUCAACGAAAAUUUUCAAGCUGGGAAAGCCACGGAAACUGACGUUGAACCCGAAAGAAGCGUUGAUUCUAUUGACACAGAAAAUAAAGUCGGUACCAACGAUUCGCAAGUUCGCAAAAAUACGGAAAAUAUAAGGAAGAAACAAUUAACAUGCGAAUUCUGUCAAAAAGAAUUCAAUCACGCGGGGGAUCUCAACAAGCAUAGGAGGAAGCACACCGGUGAACAACCUUACGCGUGUAAUAUGUGCGAACGGAAGUUUAAGACGUCGUCUAAUCUCGUCAGACAUCAACAAAUACAUCUUGGGAUAAAGCCGUUCUGCUGUCAGAUUUGCGGACGCACUUUUACCCGAAAAAUCAAACUUUCCGCCCACUUAAUGGCAAAGCAUCACGAAGCUUUGAAAUCUAAUCGGUCAAUGAUAUAA